AGCGUUUCUCCUCUUACCUCUGUUGUGUUCUCUCCCAGUUUUAGAUUACACGCACACAGAGACAGAAACAGGCACUUGGACAGUCUCUUUUGUCAAUAGCAGCUACCGAUCUAUCUGUCCACCCAUGAUCACCGGCAAGGAUGUGUAUGAUGUUUUCUCGGCACUUGUGCCCUUGUAUGUCGCUAUGUUUUUAGCUUAUGCCUCUGUACGGUGGUGGAAAAUUUUCACACCGGAGCAAUGCUCCGGCAUCAACCGUUUUGUAGCUGUAUUUGCAAUCCCAGUUCUUUGCUUGAAACUCCUUUCCCAUAAUAACCCAUACACCAUGAACUAUAAGUUUAUUGCGGCAGAUUCUCUCCAAAAAUUAGUCAUUCUAGGAGUUCUCUUUCUUUGGAUAACCAUCAGUAAGAAAAGCAGCUUUGAUUUGAUGAUUACUCUCUUUUCACUUUCUACUCUCCCAAACACUCUAGUCAUGGGCAUCCCUCUCCUGAGGGCCAUGUAUGGAGAUUUUUCGGCUUCUCUGAUGGUUCAAAUUGUGGUAUUUCAGAGUGUAGUAUGGAAUAAUCUGCUGCUUCUUAUGUUUGAAUAUAGAGGAGCAAGGAUUCUCAUAACAGAGCUGUUUCCAGACUCUGCAGGGUCCAUUGCUUCAUUCCGUGUUGAUACCGAUGUUGUUUCAUUAGAUGGUCGUGAACCAUUACAGGCUGAUGCUGAGAUCGGCGAUGAUGGAAAGCUCCAUGUGGUGGUGAGGAAAUCAUCUGCAUCUUCUGUGACUCCACGAGCCUCUAACCUAACAGGUGUAGAGAUAUAUUCUGUACAAUCUUUCCGAGAACUUGCAACAAGGGCUCUAAGCUUCAACCAACUAGAUCUUUCCUGGCCGCGUGGACAUGCAAAUUGUCCCCAAGUUGGAGUUCUUGAUGAUGCUUUUUCCUUGAAAUCCUCGAAAGGCACGACGCCAAGAACUUCUUUGAAUUUUGAAGAUCAUGAGAUCCUGAAAUCUGGGAAGAUAUCAUCAAGGAAGGAGGGUGUGAUGUUUCAUAAGGAUCAACCUCACAUGUUUGCUUGGAGCUCAACAGCAUCGUCUCCUGUUAACUGCGUUUCUGCCACCUCAAAUGACAUGGGGGUCGUUGUUGAUGUUUCCGAGGCUGCUAUUCUCCAGAAUGCAUCUUUAACAGGUAUGGAUGAAGGAGAUGGGAAAAAAAGGCCUCAAACGCUUCCACCAAUUGUCAUGACAAAGCUCGUAGUCACCAUGGUUUGGAGGAAGCUCACAAGGAACCCCAACACCUACUCGAGCCUUCUUGGCAUUGUCUGGUCUCUCAUAUCUUUUAGGUGGCAAGUCAAAAUGCCGUCUAUCGUUAAUGGAUGCAUAUCGAUAAUAUCAGACACUGGCCUUGGAAUGGCUAUGUUUAGUCUAGGUUUAUUCAUGGCUUCACAGCCAAAUAUCAUUUCGUGUGGCAAAUCUGCAGCGGCGUUUUCAAUGGCAGUUCGGUUCCUGGUUGGCCCAGCAGUGAUUGCCUUAACCUCUGUAGCCAUUGGUCUUCGUGGGGUUCUUUUGCAUGUCGCAAUUGUUCAGGCGGCGCUUCCCCAAGGAAUCGUUUGCUUCGUGUUGGCGAAGGAGUACAAUGUCCAUGCAGACAUACUUAGCACUUCGGUUACCGUUGGAAUGGUGAUUGCGUUGCCCAUAACAAUACUCUACUAUGUGAUUCUGGGUCUGUAAUUUGUGGGCCGGAGAGCAACGCGCAUGAUAGCGGCACAGGGAAAAGUACGGCUUCUAUAAUAAUUUCUUAAAAGCCAGUACUUAGCCGAUUUGGUGCAUGCACUAUAAUAUUCAUAGCAACACAUGAUGGUGCAGUGUGAAAUCAAACAGCAACAUUAGGGUAAUAAUAAUCGCAACAAUGAUGUUUUGUUAAAGAUUCUUGUGAGCUAGCUCAAUAUCUUUACUAUGAAUAAAUUAUAAC